GCUGACCAGGCACUCCCACCCUCUAUAUAAGAGGCAGCUCUUCACUCCUGCUUGAACUGAUAGGCUUCCAGCACAGCAUCUCUAGACUCCACCGGAGACUGCACUACUCAUUCUUUUUGGGAAGAGGCCGAGUCUCAAAUAAAGUGCCACCAUGAGCACCGAUGCAGAGAUGGAGGCAUAUGGCCCUGCGGCCGUAUACCUCCGGAAGCCAGAGAGGGAGAGGAUUGAGGCACAAACAGCUCCUUUUGAUGCCAAAACAGCCUACUUUGUUGCUGAGCCUGAAGAAAUGUAUCUGAAGGGUAAACUUGUCAAAAAGGAGGGUGGCAAAGCCACAGUUGAAACAGAUAAUGGAAAGAGUAUCACUGUAAAAGAGGAUGACAUUCAUCCAAGGAACCCUCCAAAGUAUGACAAAAUUGAGGACAUGGCCAUGAUGACCCACCUCAAUGAGCCUUGUGUGCUGUAUAACCUCAAAGAGCGUUAUGCAUCAUGGAUGAUCUACACCUACUCAGGGUUGUUCUGUGUUGUCGUGAAUCCCUACAAGUGGCUUCCCGUGUAUGACGCAGUAGUCGUUCAGGCGUACAGGGGCAAGAAAAGAAUUGAAGCCCCGCCCCACAUCUUCUCCAUUUCUGACAAUGCCUAUCAGUUCAUGCUCACCGAUCGUGAGAACCAGUCUGUCCUGAUUACCGGAGAAUCUGGUGCCGGAAAGACUGUCAACACCAAGCGUGUCAUCCAAUACUUUGCAACAAUUGCAGCUAUUGGAGCUAAGAAGGCUGAGCCUGUACCUGGCAAAAUGCAGGGUUCACUGGAGGAUCAGAUCGUUGCAGCCAACCCUCUGCUGGAGGCCUAUGGUAAUGCCAAGACUGUGAGGAAUGACAACUCCUCUCGUUUUGGUAAAUUCAUCAGAAUUCACUUCGGAACCACCGGCAAACUUGCUUCAGCUGAUAUUGAAACUUAUCUGCUGGAGAAGUCUCGUGUAACCUUCCAGCUGUCUGCUGAGAGAAGCUACCACAUCUUCUAUCAGCUCAUGACUGGCCACAAGCCUGAGCUUUUAGAGGCUCUUCUGAUCACCACCAACCCCUAUGACUACCCAAUGAUCAGUCAGGGUGAAAUCACUGUCAAAAGCAUCAAUGAUGUUGAAGAGUUCAUUGCCACCGAUACAGCCAUUGACAUCUUGGGCUUCUCUGCUGAGGAGAAAAUAGGCAUCUACAAGCUGACUGGUGCUGUGAUGCAUCAUGGUAACAUGAAAUUCAAGCAGAAGCAGCGCGAGGAGCAGGCUGAACCUGAUGGCACCGAGGUGGCUGAUAAAAUCGCCUACCUCCUGGGCCUGAACUCAGCUGACAUGCUCAAAGCUCUGUGCUACCCAAGAGUCAAGGUCGGAAAUGAGAUGGUAACCAAAGGUCAGACCGUCCCACAGGUCAACAAUGCAGUCAGUGCUCUCUGCAAGUCUAUCUAUGAGAAAAUGUUCUUGUGGAUGGUCGUUCGUAUCAAUGAGAUGCUGGACACAAAGCAGCCAAGACAAUUCUUCAUUGGCGUCUUGGACAUUGCUGGUUUUGAGAUCUUUGAUUUCAACAGCUUGGAGCAACUGUGCAUCAACUUCACCAAUGAGAAACUGCAACAGUUCUUCAACCACCACAUGUUUGUGCUGGAGCAAGAGGAGUACAAGAAAGAGGGCAUUGACUGGGAGUUCAUUGACUUCGGUAUGGACUUGGCUGCUUGCAUUGAGCUGAUUGAGAAGCCAAUGGGUAUCUUCUCCAUCCUUGAAGAGGAGUGCAUGUUCCCCAAGGCCUCUGACACAACUUUCAAGAACAAGCUGCAUGACCAGCAUCUUGGGAAGACAAAGGCUUUUGAGAAGCCAAAGCCUGGAAAGGGCAAGGCUGAGGCUCACUUCUCUCUGGUCCAUUAUGCUGGUACAGUGGACUACAACAUCUCUGGCUGGCUGGACAAGAACAAGGACCCACUGAAUGACUCUGUGGUUCAGCUCUACCAGAAGUCUGCAAACAAACUUCUGGCAUUCCUGUAUGCAGCCCAUGCUGGAGCUGAGGAGGCUUCUGGUGGUGGCAAGAAGGGUGGUAAGAAGAAGGGUGGUUCCUUCCAGACUGUGUCUGCUCUUUUCAGGGAGAACUUGGGCAAGCUGAUGACCAAUCUGAGGAGCACCCACCCUCACUUUGUGCGCUGCUUGAUUCCAAAUGAAACUAAGACUCCAGGUCUUAUGGAGAACUUCUUGGUCAUCCACCAGCUGAGGUGUAAUGGUGUGCUGGAAGGCAUCAGAAUCUGCAGAAAGGGCUUCCCCAGCAGAAUCCUCUAUGGUGACUUUAAGCAGAGAUACAAAGUAUUGAAUGCCAGUGUCAUCCCUGAGGGACAGUUCAUUGACAACAAGAAGGCUUCAGAGAAGCUGCUGGGUUCCAUUGAUGUGGACCACACUCAGUACAAGUUUGGACACACAAAGGUGUUCUUCAAAGCUGGUCUGCUGGGUACCCUGGAGGAGAUGAGAGAUGAGAAACUGGCUGAGCUGGUGACCAUGACUCAGGCUCUCUGCAGAGGAUAUGUCAUGAGGAAAGAGUUUGUCAAGAUGAUGGAGAGGAGAGAAUCUAUCUACAGCAUCCAGUACAACAUUCGUUCAUUCAUGAAUGUCAAGAAUUGGCCAUGGCUGAAACUCUACUUCAAGAUCAAGCCUCUCCUGAAGAGUGCUGAGACUGAGAAGGAGCUGCAGCAGAUGAAGGACAACUAUGACAAAAUGCAAUCAGACCUGGCUACUGCCCUUGCCAAGAAGAAAGAGCUAGAAGAGAAGAUGGUUGCCCUGCUGCAGGAAAAGAAUGACCUGCAACUGCAAGUGGCAGCUGAAGUUGAGAAUCUCUCAGAUGCUGAGGAAAGGUGUGAGGGGCUCAUUAAGAGCAAGAUCCAGAUGGAGGCCAAACUCAAAGAGACGUCCGAGAGACUGGAGGAUGAAGAGGAAAUCAAUGCUGAGCUGACUGCCAAGAAGAGGAAACUGGAGGAUGAAUGCUCUGAACUGAAGAAGGAUAUUGAUGACUUGGAGCUCACCUUGGCCAAAGUGGAGAAGGAGAAACAUGCCACAGAAAACAAGGUGAAAAAUCUGACAGAGGAGAUGGCAUCUCAAGAUGAAUCUAUUGCCAAGUUGACAAAGGAGAAGAAAGCCCUCCAAGAGUCCCACCAGCAAACUCUGGAUGACCUCCAGGCAGAGGAAGACAAAGUCAAUACUCUGACCAAGGCCAAGACAAAGCUGGAACAGCAAGUUGAUGAUCUUGAGGGAUCCCUGGAGCAAGAGAAGAAACUCCGCAUGGACCUUGAGAGAGCAAAGAGAAAGCUUGAGGGAGAUCUGAAGCUGGCUCAGGAAUCUAUUAUGGAUCUUGAGAAUGACAAGCAGCAAUCAGACGAGAAGAUCAAGAAGAAGGAGUUUGAGACCAGCCAGCUUCUCAGCAAGAUUGAGGAUGAACAGUCUCUUGGUGCUCAGCUUCAGAAGAAGAUCAAGGAGCUCCAGGCUCGCAUUGAGGAGCUGGAAGAGGAGAUUGAGGCUGAGAGGGCUGCUCGUGCUAAGGUUGAGAAGCAGAGGGCUGACCUGUCCAGGGAGCUCGAGGAGAUCAGUGAGAGGCUUGAGGAAGCUGGUGGAGCAACAGCUGCUCAGAUUGAGAUGAACAAGAAGCGUGAGGCUGAGUUCCAGAAGCUGCGCCGUGAUCUUGAGGAGUCCACCCUGCAGCAUGAAGCUACUGCAGCAGCUCUCCGCAAGAAGCAGGCUGACAGUGUUGCAGAGCUGGGAGAGCAGAUCGACAACCUCCAGCGCGUCAAGCAGAAGCUGGAGAAGGAGAAGAGCGAGUACAAGAUGGAGAUUGAUGACCUCUCCAGCAACAUGGAGUCUGUUGCCAAAUCCAAGGGCAACUUGGAAAAAAUGUGCAGAACUCUUGAGGACCAACUGAGUGAACUCAAAGCCAAAAAUGAUGAGAAUGUCCGUCAGCUCAAUGACGUUAAUGCACAGAAGGCCAGACUGCAGACUGAGAAUGGUGAAUUUGGCAGGCAGAUUGAGGAGAAGGAAGCUCUUGUUUCCCAGCUGACAAGAGGCAAGCAGGCUUUCACUCAGCAGAUUGAGGAGCUCAAGAGGCACAUUGAGGAGGAAGUGAAGGCCAAGAACGCCCUCGCCCAUGCUGUUCAGUCAGCCCGCCAUGACUGUGAUCUGCUCAGAGAGCAGUUUGAGGAGGAGCAGGAGGCCAAGGGUGAGCUGCAGAGAGGAAUGUCAAAGGCCAACAGCGAGGUGGCUCAGUGGAGAUCCAAAUAUGAGACUGAUGCCAUCCAGCGCACUGAGGAGCUGGAGGAGGCAAAGAAAAAGCUUGCCCAGCGUCUGCAGGAUGCAGAGGAAUCCAUCGAGGCUGUGAACUCUAAGUGUGCCUCUCUGGAGAAGACCAAGCAGAGGCUGCAGGGUGAGGUGGAGGACCUCAUGAUUGAUGUGGAGAGAGCCAAUUCUCUGGCUGCCAGUCUUGACAAGAAGCAGAGGAACUUUGAUAAGGUCCUGGCAGAAUGGAAACAAAAGUACGAGGAGGGCCAGGCAGAGCUGGAGGGAGCUCAGAAAGAGGCUCGCUCUCUCAGCACUGAACUGUUCAAGAUGAAGAACUCUUAUGAAGAGGCUCUGGAUCACCUGGAGACCAUGAAGAGAGAAAACAAGAAUCUGCAGCAGGAGAUCUCAGACCUAACUGAACAGAUCGGAGAGACUGGAAAGAGCAUCCAUGAGCUGGAGAAAGCAAAGAAGACUGUGGAGACUGAGAAGUCUGAGAUACAGUCUGCACUGGAGGAGGCUGAAGGCACACUGGAGCAUGAGGAGGCCAAGAUUCUCCGUGUUCAGCUUGAGCUCAACCAGGUCAAGAGUGAGGUUGACAGGAAGGUCUCAGAGAAAGAUGAAGAGAUGGAACAGAUCAAGAGGAACAGCCAGAGGGUGAUUGAUUCCAUGCAGAGCACCCUGGACUCUGAAGUCAGGAGCAGGAAUGAUGCCCUGAGAGUCAAGAAGAAGAUGGAGGGAGAUCUGAAUGAGAUGGAGAUUCAGCUGAGCCAUGCCAACAGGCAGGCUUCUGAGGCACAGAAACAACUGAGAAAUGUCCAGGGACAACUCAAGGAUGCCCAACUGCAUCUUGAUGAUGCUGUCAGGGGACAGGAAGACAUGAAGGAGCAGGUCGCCAUGGUGGAGCGUAGAAAUGGCCUCAUGCUGGCUGAGAUUGAUGAGCUGAGAGCUGCUCUGGAGCAGACAGAGAGAGGACGUAAAGUGGCUGAGCAGGAGCUGGUUGAUGCCAGUGAGCGUGUCGGACUGCUCCACUCUCAGAACACAAGUCUUAUCAACACCAAGAAGAAGCUGGAGUCUGACCUUGUCCAGGUCCAGGGUGAGGUGGAUGACGCUGUCCAGGAAGCAAGAAAUGCUGAGGACAAAGCCAAGAAGGCUAUCACUGAUGCUGCCAUGAUGGCUGAGGAGCUGAAGAAGGAACAGGACACCAGUUCUCACCUGGAGAGGAUGAAGAAGAACCUGGAGGUCACAGUCAAGGACCUGCAGCACCGUCUGGAUGAGGCUGAGAACCUCGCCAUGAAGGGUGGCAAGAAGCAGCUCCAGAAACUGGAGUCCAGGGUGCGUGAGCUGGAGACCGAAGUCGAAGCUGAGCAAAGACGUGGAGCUGAUGCUGUGAAAGGAGUCCGCAAAUAUGAGAGGAGAGUGAAGGAGCUCACCUACCAAGUAAGUGUUUACCCUAAUAAAAUAUCCUGCAUUCUUUGUGUCUACAACAUCAUGAUUAACAAUCCUCUACCUGUGCAGACUGAAGAGGACAAGAAGAAUGUCAACAGACUUCAGGAUCUUGUGGACAAGCUGCAGCUCAAAGUCAAGUCCUACAAGAGACAGGCUGAGGAGGCUGAGGAGCAGGCCAACACUCACAUGUCCAGGCUGAGAAAGGUUCAGCAUGAGCUGGAGGAGGCUCAGGAGCGUGCUGACAUUGCUGAGUCCCAGGUCAACAAGCUGAGAGCCAAAAGCCGUGAAGCUGGAAAGAGUGAAUCUGCUGAGUAAGAGACCACAUCAAAAUCUGUGCUGUCAAGCUUAACAUCACUGAACUAAAGACAACAGUCUUUUAAGGCAUUUUGACAGAGUUCAUAAAAUAUGACCAAACUGUUAAAUUGUCACCCUAUGUUGUCAAUAAAUUUGUCUUGAUUGUU